AUGGUUUUUAGGAUUGCUGCAAGAAAGGAACAAUUUGAUAACCUUCACAAUGCCUUUGCGGUUAUUAAGGUUAUGAAUGACCCUAAAUUAGUAUCAGUUUACUGUCGAGAGCUAUUGGAGGCACCGGACAAGGACCUAACAUCUGAACUGCAUCCACAGGAUGAAGAAAUUUCUAGAGAGGAUUUUGAGGAUGAGGAUGUUGCUGAGAGUCCAAGUUUACCAGCAAAUCCCAUGAAGAAAGUUGAUGAAGGUGAAUGUGGAGCUGUUAAGAGGUCUCUGCUUGAUGAGUUCUCCUCUACCCAAAGUUCUAAGAAGACAAUGAAGUCAAUUGUGAAGAUGGAAAAAUAGGGCUGAAUUUGUUUGGGCAAACUUUGUGGUUGGAAAACGUUAUGUGCAUGGUGACUGUAUGCACUAAUGCAUAUAUGUCAACAUUGUGUUUUGGAUUCUUAAAGACAAUUGUGUCUGGCGACACGUGUAUUGGCUUUUGUUGUGCUAUAUUUUGACAAUUAUGUUUGGUGGCACAACUAUUUUGAGACAAUUGCCAGACUAAUUUCUAUAUCUAUCUUAUUGUUUUUAAUUGCCACCACAAUUUCUAUAUC